GAGCGAGCAUAAUGCCGAGAGAGAGAGAGGGAGAUGCAGCGGUUUUGGGUUUUCCAACGCAACAGAGCGAGAGGCAGCGAGCACCAGGUUGACAAGCAAGCAGCGCACCCCGAAAAAGGAUACAAGCACAAGAACUCAGCACUCGUCGUGAGUCGAGUGGCUCGCAAGGCCCAGCAUUGGAGUGCCCACUUACCUUCAAGUGAAAACAUAAUUUAGUUACAGUCAAGAACUAGCCAUCAACGGCUGAAGAGUGUGAAUAUGCGCGCUUAGCACUUGGAUAAUACCCCCCAAUAACAUUAUUGUUUGAUUAGGGCCAGAGAGUGUGUGAAUCGAAAAGUUAUCUCGGGCGAGUGAUUUUUCUUUGAGUGAUUUUUCUGUUUCGAGUGUUCAGUGAAAUCAAAACGAAUCGAGCUGAUAACGAGUGAGAGUGUGUGGCAAAAAUUGAGCACUCAAGUGAUAAAAACCCAACCGCCAUCAAUCUGAAGAAGAUUUCCUUGUGUUACCCGUCGCGGAAAAAUCGGUUCAAAGUGGCCGCGGAAAAGAAGGAAGCUGGCGGUUCCCGUGCCAGCAGCAAUAGUCCGCAGAAAUCUCCUCCGGCGCGACGGAGAUCGGUAUCAUCCCCGGCGCCAACGCCUCCGCCAUCGGUUCCGGUGACCGAGCGAGCGAGAAACGGUCUCGGGGACAACGUGAUCAUGUCUCCGGCGGUUGCCACGGCGGCCAACACUCCAGCGGCAGCGGCCGGUGUCCUCAACUGGGGCCCGUUGCUAUUCCCCACGGCGUGGAAUCCGGCCCUGCUUCCGGCUUUUUAUCCUGCCGCGUUACGAUCACUUCCCGGGUUCUUGGACAACAUAAAACUGCCGCAAUCGCAGCGGACAACCCACACCGGGUCCGGUUUCCACAUCAGUGACAUUCUUGGCCACAAGGAUAACCGACCGAAGCUUUCGACCGCGUCGGAUCACGACGAAAACACCAGCGAUGAAAUCCACCGGAACCACAAUCUCAGCAGUCUGGUGACCACGGACACGGAAAGUAACCAUGGCAAUGUGACGCCUGGCAACAGUGACGAUGACAGCAGCAGUCACAGCCAACUGACAGCCGGUGGGCGUCGCCAUCAGGGACGAUCAGUUCCUUCGGGAGGAGGUGGUGGUGGCGAUCAGCUAUCAUCGCCGGAAAUGCUCGACAGUAAAGCAAGCUUGCGGUCAGCCCUGGCGGAAGAUUUGCACGCGCGCUUUACCACUCUGCCUGCCUAUCACCCGCACCAUCCCCACCAUCCGCUGUUUCCGGCGGCGAGGCCGUGGCUGUACGAUACCUGCAAUCCCCUUACUGCAUCCCACACACAGCAUGGCCACCAGCUUCAGCAACAACAGCAGCAUCAGCAUCGAUUGGCACAGCAGGUCAGUCCGGAUAGUACCGGAUCGCCGGUGCAUUCGGAACAGUCCUAUCACGGUGGAUUCAGCGGUGGAAGUGCGUCCACCGGAAUCAACGGACAAUGUCCGAGGACACCAAGUCCAACGGAUAGCGAACGGCAGCACUUGAAUGCGGCCGACGGCAACACUGAACACUCGGACGAUGUGGACAUCGAAGAAGGCUGCGACGAAGAGAUCGACAUGAUGGAAGAUACGGAAGAUAGUCCAGCGGAGCGGUUGACCAACGGAAUGGGUGGUCACAAGAAGCGGAAACGGCGGGUUCUGUUUUCGAAGCAUCAGACCUUUGAGCUGGAACGGCGGUUCCGCCAGCAGCGAUACUUGUCAGCUCCGGAGCGGGAGCAUCUAGCCUCGGUGAUCAGAUUGACUCCUACGCAGGUUAAGAUCUGGUUCCAGAAUCACCGGUAUAAGACCAAAAGGGCCGCGCAUGAAAAGGGUUCCAUGGAUCCAGGGGCGCAUCAGGGGGGAGGAUUACCGUCACCUCGUAGAGUUGCCGUACCGGUAUUGGUACGGGAUGGAAAGCCAUGUCUAGGCGGAGGUAAACCACAUGACAUGUUGGCAGCGGUUCAGUCGGCCCAUCUGCAGCUCCCGCCGGGCUUCCAGCAUGCCAGUUUACUUCAUCACGCCGCCAGGUGGUGGCCCUAGUCCGAUCGUUAGCUGUUUGUCGAAUGUAUAUAAAUCUAUAACGUCGUGUAGUUCAAUUCGUAUCGUCGUAAGCCACAACUGCAUCUUUCAAUGUUGUAAAUGUAAAAAAAGAAAUCAAAAUCCCAGAUUUUAGCAAAACAAACAAAACUAUACAGGAGGCAGUUUUCCUUAGGUUGAAAGCACGCAAGAGUCUAUUUAAUUAUAUUUAGUUAAUUUAUAAGAUAAUAGCUUCUGUGAAUCGAUCCAAGUGGCCAUCUGUUGAGUAAUACACAGUGAGCCAUCGUAGCAAGCUCAGAUCAAAUCCCCAUAAGAAAAAGAAAAAUAAACACUAGGACUGCAAGCUGCUUCGUCGCAAGCGCUUAUUUCCGUCGUAUCAAAACUAAACGAUUCAUUUCAGCUGAUAUUCGAACUCACCCUCAAUGCACAUUCAUUUUUUAAAUGUAAUUUCGUGUUUGCUGUCAAUAGUGCCACUUUUAAUAACAGGAUCAGUCGAUCAAAGUAAGCAUAAAUAAUCCAGAAGUCAAUCGUCGACUGUCAUGGGGCUCUGCACCACAAUCUAUCUCCCACUUUUACUCUACCAUGAAAUUUGUAAACAACAAGGCCAGUAAACGUCAAAAUCCCAAACGAAAUAAAAACAGUGCAGAUCCCUAUAGUAAUUUUGACACAUAGGAUGACAACUAUCGAAAAACUAUAGUGACAGAGCAGUGUCGAGUGUAUUUUUUGGUCGUUAUUGAUUCAAUUCGAGUCAUUUUGAUCGACUCGACUUACUUAUGGUCCCUAUGUUGUAAGCUAUGUUAUGUCUGACGUUCUGUGAAAACUUCAUUCUAAUUGCACCUUAAAUAACUGAGAUCUAGGCAACCGCAGUUGAUCACUUUGUAUGGAAAAUCAAAAAAGUUGUAAAUGUGUUGUACAACAUCGUACAGAUGGAUCCAAUGUAUUUCAAGGGACGCCCAUGGUCACGCUGUAGCAAUGAAGACGAUGUUCAUAGAUCUAAAUUAUCAAGUAAAACAUUUCAUUAUCUCGUUAAAGUGUUGAAUUUUGAUGACUCAUUAAAUCGCAGUGAACCGUUUUUUGGGGACGAAAAUUGAAAAUGAUUGCGACGAUAAUAGAAUUGAUACGACAGGAAUAGGCGAAGGAAACGCAAGCACAAUAGAUUUUUCGGAAAUUUAUUUCAUAAUACGAUAGCCGUCUUGCGAAAGAUUUGUUUGGCACCGGUUUGUAUCAGCAUCAUUCAUUGUAAAACAGGAAAAGUAUGUUCUCAUUGUUCAAAGCUAGAUACGACGGGAAUUAGAUCAUCGCCCUAUCACGCAAAUCAGUCUGUAUCAUUCAAACACCCCCUUUCACUCUCAGCAUAUAAGUAUGUGAUACAAUGUACCGGAAGAAUUAGAAUCAUAAAUAAAUUCCUUCCCAUUGGAAAAUUUCAACAAA